AUGGAAGAAGUUGCGCCGCCAGAUUUUAGAGAAUUUGGGAACCAAGUUAUUGGUAAAUGGAAGCUAUUCAAUUCUACCGAACCUAUUCCGUAUUAUGUUGCGCUUGGAAUGGAUAAAUUUAUGGCGAAUAUCGUCACAAAAUUAGACUCAGUCAUGAAGAUCGAGUUAACUAGCGAAGGUUUUGUUCAAACCAGCACAGUGACGGGGCUUGCUGGCGCUUUUCUACCGGCAAGUAUGAAAACUCAUGUUGUCAAGCCGAUCUUUGGCGGAAAAGUCGAAAAUGUCUACAAUGGGAUUUCAAAGGACGAGGAGGACUGGCUUGCUACUGCGUUUCCCGAUCGCUGGGAGAUUUUUAUUACUCAUCAUGAUGUGAAGAACGAGAAUCAAGAGAGUAUGACGGAGCAUAUGACCAUGAGAAUUUCGACGGUAAUGGACGAAAAGUCGAAGAAAGAAGUCCGCCAGCUGAGCAUUCACCGUCUCUUGAACGACGCUCCUUCAACCGAAUGUACUUGCGUAACUUUCAUCCUCCACGGAGAAGACGAUACCCUCGGUAACUCCUUGCGCUACGUCAUAUCCACCUACAAGGAAGUCGAAGCUUGCCACUACACGCGUCCUCACCCGACUGAGGACAAGAUUCACUUCAGAAUUCAGACUUACGACGAUGUUCCCGCGCUGAUGAUGUUGCGACGAGGCUUUGAAGACUUGAAGCACUAUGCAGAGACGAUCCACGACAAGUUUGAGGAAGCAGAAAGAGCUUAUGGCAUUCAGAGUUGA